AUGCUGCCCAGCAACAGUAUCGGCCCCGAGCACCGAGCAACAAGGGUGGGCUCAUCCCAGCCCAGCAACAGUAUCGGCCCCGAGCACCGAGCAACAAGGGUGGGCUCAUCCCAGCCCAGCAACAGUAUCGGCCCCGAGCACCGAGCAACAAGGGUGGGCUCAUCCCAGCCCAGCAACAGUAUCGGCCCCGAGCACCGAGCAACAAGGGUGGGCUCAUCCCAGCCCAGCAACAGUAUCGGCCCCGAGCACCGAGCAACAAGGGUGGGCUCAUCCCAGCCCAGCAACAGUAUCGGCCCCGAGCACCGAGCAACAAGGGUGGGCUCAUCCCAGCCCAGCAACAGUAUCGGCCCCGAGCACCGAGCAACAAGGGUGGGCUCAUCCCAGCCCAGCAACAGUAUCGGCCCCGAGCACCGAGCAACAAGGGUGGGCUCAUCCCAGCCCAGCAACAGUAUCGGCCCCGAGCACCGAGCAACAAGGGUGGGCUCAUCCCAGCCCAGCAACAGUAUCGGCCCCGAGCACCGAGCAACAAGGGUGGGCUCAUCCCAGCCCAGCAACAGUAUCGGCCCCGAGCACCGAGCAACAAGGGUGGGCUCAUCCCAGCCCAGCAACAGUAUCGGCCCCCAGCACCGAGCAACAAGGGUGGGCUCAUCCCAGCCCAGCAACAGUAUCGGCCCCGAGCACCGAGCAACAAGGGUGGGCUCAUCCCAGCCCAGCAACAGUAUCGGCCCCGAGCACCGAGCAACAAGGGUGGGCUCAUCCCAGCCCAGCAACAGUAUCGGCCCCGAGCACCGAGCAACAAGGGUGGGCUCAGCUGCAGACGGCGCGCCGACGCCGGGGAAAGCGGCCGAGCUGUAG